AUUCCCUCCUCUGAGGCCCCUUUCACGAACCUCAUCGACUUGUCCCUUCCAGCUCUUCGAACCAUUCAGUCUCCCAACGCCGGGUCCACGACCAACCAUGAAGCUCACCGUCCUCUUCCUCCUGGCUUCGUCCCUCUUUGGAGGCAUCGCCUUCGCUAGCCCUGCCACUAUCGCUAAGCGCGACUCGCUUAACAUCCCACAUUUCUUAUCCCAGAUGCCGAGCGAACAGUCGCUAAUCCCCUACCUGAUCCCCAACACCGAUCGGUACACCUGCAAAGACCUCGACAAACCGAUAAAUUGCAACAUGUACAGGACCCACUGUCUCUUCCUCCAGUCUCACCCAUACAAGAUUGAUGUCAAGAACACGGUGACAAAGUGGUGUGGACGCAAUGGAGACACGUUCAUAUUCUCAGACGGUGCCCGCGUCGUCAUCACCAGCGAAAACGGCGAUACGGUCAACAUCUACUUUGGAGCGGACCAAAGCACGAUUCGGAGGAGCAGGGAUCACCCCUGGAUCAAUUGCCGUUUCAGAGACGACACGAUGGUGUGUGAUUCAUACCCUUCUGUCUGUAGACUUGAGCUGACAUGGCUCUUUCUCUUCACAGGUCUGGACCCUGGACGGCAAGUCGCAGACCAAAUACAAGCCCAAAGCCGAUGCAGAGUGCGGCCACUACUAAUCGAGAAGGUCGACGAGCCAGCUGUCCCGAAAGAACUAUUUUUUCCUACACCUCUCAUCGAGAAGCAAUGAUCAGUCAUUCUCCGUCGUGCUCGCUCUGUCCAAGUCCCCUGCUAUAAAUGUUUUGUUGGCCUGCCGAUCCAUACCUUGACCUACU